AGAUAUGAAGUUUUAGCGGCAAAAUCUUCGGACAAAAAGGGUUUAAAAGUCUUCAUCCAAAUCCGUCUAAUUUUCCAUUAAGCUAUCAACUAUUAACAACUUCAUCACUCUUCUUCCGUAAAGUACGUAAUCAAAUCAAGAGAAUAAACAACGCUUUGAGAUGAAACGGCGAUUCGCGUCAUUAGAUGAUGAAACUGAAUCUGAAACCGACUUUCAGUCACUUCUUGUGUCGAAUUAUCAUCUUGAAGAUGACGAUGAUGAACCUGUGUCUUUUUCUGUUUUGCCGAUUCAAUGGAGUGAUUCCGAGAUUUCUAAGGUUAAUGAUGUAAAUAAGGGCCAUGUGUUCUUACAUGGAUCGGCUGAUAAUGGGUUGCAGAAGAUUUUCAUGCAGGUUACUGCUUGGAGGUUUGAUAUUUCAGGUUUGAAACCUGUGGUAUCGUUGUUAUCUAAGGAUAAAAGGUGGAUUAAGCUUCAGAAACCAAGGAAGAGUUUUAUGGAUACUGUGAAGAAUGUGUUAAUCACGCUUUAUUUUCUUCAUUGUGUUAAGAAAAAACCUAGGUUAUCGUCCACAUCUUUUUGGAGUAGCUUGUGUAGGGAUAGGGAUUUGAGCUCUUAUGGGUUUAAGCCUUCACAAAAGGAUUUGUUGGAUCAUAUGACUUUGAUUGGUGAAGCUACCAAAAGAGAUGCUGUUUUAGCUCGGUCUAAGCAGCUUUUGCUCACAGUUUUGGGGGACAAGCCAGAGGAUCAAAGACCAUCUGAUGAGGAAUUUGAAGAUUUGGCUCAACCUGGAAUUAUAGUCAAAUAUAUUGACAAUGAUAUCAUAGAUGAGGCUAAUGAAGACUCAGAAGUAGACGAAAAUUUAUUUGAUAAUGUUUGUGCAUUUUGUGACAAUGGCGGUAAUCUUUUGUGUUGUGAUGGAGCUUGCAUGAGAUCAUUUCAUGCUACUAAGCAGGAUGGCAAGGAUUCUUUUUGUGUUUCUCUUGGUCUUACGCCGAAGGAAGUUGAUGAAAUUCAAAAUUUUUAUUGUAAGAAUUGUGAAAAUCGUCAGCAUCAAUGCUUUGCAUGUGGCAAGCUGGGUUCUUCUGAUAAAGAUAACGGCGCUGAGGUUUUUAAAUGUUCUUCUGAGACCUGUGACCGCUUUUAUCAUCCACAUUGUGUUGCAAAGUUACUUCCCAAGGUAGUCAAGCAUGUUGCCGAGGAUCUUGAGAAAAAUAUUGCUGACGGGAAGCCCUUUACUUGUCCCGUUCACUUUUGCUGUGUCUGUAAAGGAUUAGAAAAUAAGGCGGAACCUGAGUUGCAAUUUGCAAUUUGUAAUCGUUGUCCAAAGUCAUAUCAUCGCAAAUGUUUGCCAAGAGGGAUCGCUUUUGAUGACAUCAAUGGUUUUAAAUUAAGGGCUUGGGAAGGUCUUUUGCCAAACAAUCGCAUUCUUAUAUAUUGCUUAAAUCAUGAGAUCAAUGAUAAACUUGGGACUCCUGUAAGAGAUCAUAUAAAAUUCCCCAACACCAGAGCUACUGUUCGGGAAAUUAAUACCUCCAAUAAGAGGAUAAAGCAUGCAACUAAAGAGGGAGAUACAUUGAAGAACAAUGUUAGUUUUGUUAAAUCAUCCGGCAAGGGCUCUGCAAAAGGAUCUAAAGUUACAGGAGAACUGCCUUCCAGUAAAAUUGAUAGCAAGAAGUCUUCUGAAAAGAUUAAUUCUGGUUCAGAUAUUUCAAGGACACCCAUAUCAAAGGAAAUACCAAGUAGUCGUUUGACUGAAAACAAGAAUUCAGUCUCAAAGAAUUCGUCUGAUAAGAUGAUUUCUUGUUCAGAUAUUUCAAGGAAACCUGAAUCAAAUAAAGCAAGGUGUUUGACUGAAAACAAGAAGUCAAUCUCAAAGAAGUCAUCUGGAAACAUGAUUUCUGGUUCACAUAUUUCGAAGAAAACGAAAUCAAAUGAAAUAUCAAGAAGGCCUUUGACUGAAAACAAGAAGUCAAUCUCAAAGAAAUUUGAAAUGCCCAACUGUGAGGAAAACAACCACCUAACUGGUGAGAAAUUAUGUGCUCCUAUGGAUAAAGAUUCUGAGCAAAUCAAGAAUGACGAUCAGGUUGAUAAUAACAAUACCCUGUUCGUCAAGCCUAUUAGAAGUCUAUUUCCUCCACCUGACGCCGAUUCAGAAAAGGGUUUGGUGGAUUCAUUUAAAGAAGCUAGAUCCUCACUAUUGUUGGAGGGUAAGAUAGAAAAACACAAGAUGGGAGAUGUUGAGGAUAAAACCAUUACAAUGGGGAAGCGGGAAGACUCAGGUGACUUGACUACUAAAUACAAGAUCGUAGUCCAGGAGAAUGGCCAUGUGUACAGUGACAAGUUGGCUUCUGACCAUAUUAUGGAUGGUAAUGGCGGGGGCAAGCUCGUGCCAAAUCAUGAUCUCUUAGGAUGGACUGAUGAUCGAGAAGAACCAGCAUCUAUAAAAAAAAGUCAGAAAAGAAGCUCACGUAAUGGCAACGUUGACCAAGAGAGUCAAAGGGGACAGGAAUAUAUGAUGAGCAAGACUUGGAAGACAUCUGGGAAGAGAAAUCAUGGUACUGAUAAAAAUGAUAGAAGAGGACUAAGUGUGGUCCCUCAAGCCAAAAGGCAAACUGUGUUAGGAGUGCCAUGUGUUGUCGGUCCUCUUUCUGACUGUGGCAAUAAAAAUGCAGAUCAAAACCAUGGCAGGGAUAAAGAGAAGCAUCAGAGAGAAUCAGAUGUUGGGCAACAGGUUGGCCUUUCUGGGAUUCAAGAUCCUAACCUUACACCGAAUGAUCAUAUGUUUGUUGGUGAGCCUUCCUGUAGCAACAAAAAUGCACAACUUACUCCAGCAUCUGAGUCAUUAGAUAAGAUGAAUACCCCAGCUGCAGAUGAUUUAAACCUUGUCAGGAUGCGUUCUCUGUAUCCUGAAAUUCCUAUUUUUAGUGGUAAUGAAACUCUUAAUCGUAGUGUGCCGCCAGGUUUUGCAGCUGGUCUUAAUUAUGCAUUUUCAAUCAGCCAUUCAGCAGGGUGGCUCGAUGAAUAGGCUAUACAAACAUUGUAUGAUCUUAAGAGGGUAUUGUGAUGUACAUAGAGAUUUUGAUUUAUGGUUCUAUUCAAUUAGUCAUAUCUUAGUUCAUUGCUAUCUUUGAUAUGGUCCUUCCGAGUAAGUUUUGAUUAGUCAGAUAUGUCAUCAUCCUUAAUUUUGG